UUCUUUCUAAAGAAAAGGGUUAAAAGCUCAUAAAAUUGCCUUUAUAAUUAUGAAUCAGAAAUUUGGUAACGUAACAUUUUUAACCCACUACGAAGUUGAAUGUUUAUUAAAGAUUUUUUUAUGCUUUUGUAUUUAUUUAGAAUUCUUUAAAAAUAGUCAGAUAAAAUUGUAAUUAUGCUUUUUUUUUUGACAAACCUAGAGAUUUUGUCAAAAUGGGUCCAAGUAUAGAAGCAGCACCCUGCCCUCAUCUCUCUAGCAACAACCACAUAAUGAAUGACCACUCUCUCCAUCGCUCUCUGUCUCUGACUCCACCCAGCUGCAGUGUUGUAUAAGUAGAUCCCUGAUCUUUCUCCUCAGUAAUCCUCUUCAGAUUCUCCCAGGAUUUUCGACCCCUGACCUCCGAGGAUGGAUAACGCCACAUACAGCUACGUGAACGACUGCACUCCGCUCACUAACUGUAAAUCCGGCCGAAAGGCUGGCAGUUCCACGGUGGUCAACAUGAGUCAAGCGGGCAAGAAGCCACCAAACGACUACCUGAUCUGGUCGCUCUGUAACACUCUUUACGUCAACUUCUGCUGCUUGGGAUUCAUGGCUCUGAUCUACUCCAUCAAGGCUCGAGAUCAGAAGACCUUGGGCGACAUGCGUGCAGCACAGGAAUGCUCGGACAAAGCGAAGUGGUACAACAUUCUGGCAUCGGGCUGGAAUCUGUUGAUUCCUCUGAUGGUGUUGGGUCUGCUGGUCUUGCUCGUGGUUCAUCUGGGAAGCUCAGAGGGAGCGUUUGAUUUCUUCGGUGAAGACGGAUUCCAGAGCUUCAUGAAGCUCUUCAGCAGGUAGACAAAGCCACUCGAACAAUCCCACCACCAAAACCUCCUGCAAACCUUCUGGACUGUUCACCCUCUCUUCACUUUAUCAACAUGAUAUUUUCUUGGGCUCUGUGAUGAAUUUAUUAUUAUUUAGAUUUUGUUUUCUUUUUUUCAUAAUUAAUAUCAAUGUGGUGUAUAUGAACUCAUAUCUACCCUACAAUUUUAUUUUAUGAAGUAAAUUGGCUCUGCUGUAUUUAAUAAAAUAUUUAAUUUCCUCAA